GCAGCCACGAUUUCCAAGUGCCUGGAAGGACAUACAUCCCUCUCCCCACCCCGAAACUCCAGUUCCCUGCACAUGGGUUGUCAGUGUGCCUCAUCUUCUUCCUUUACGUCUCUGCUGCUCCAACUUUUCCACGAACAAAUCUCUACAAGCCCAAACCACACUUUGACCAUCUCCAGGAGGCACUUGGACCUGGUGGCUGGGAGCAGCUGUGAGGCUCCCACUGCUCCCAGCUUCUGCUUGUUUGGUCUUUAAAAGAAAUGACUGCUGUUCCCAGUGGACAUGGGGAAGAAGCUGGUGAUGGCCCAGAAGCGGGGAGAGACUCGCGCAUUGUGCCUGGGUGUGGUCAUGGUGCUGUGUGCUGUCAUCUCCUACUACAUCCUGGGUACCACCAUGCUGCCCCUCUACCAGAAAAGCAUAUGGACCCAGAAAGUCACGUGCCAAUUGAUUGAGACCAACAUCAGGGACCAGGAGAAGCUGGAGGGCAAGAGGGUGCCCCAAUAUCCAUGCCUAUGGGUCAACGUGUCAGCCAUGGGCCAGUGGGCUGUACUGUACCACACGGAGGACACUUGGGACCAGAACCAGCAGUGCUCCUACAUCCCAGGCAGCCUGGACAACUACCAGGCGGCCCGGGCCGACGUGGAGAAGGUCAGAGCCAAAUUCCAGGAGCACCAGGUUUUCUACUGCUUCUCGACCAUGCAGGAGAAUGACACAAGGGUCCUGUACAAGCGCCUCUACGAGCCCCAGGCCCUCCUCUCAUCCCUCUUCUGGCCCACCUUCCUGCUGACUUGCGGCCUCAUCAUUAUCGCCAUGGUGAAGAUCAACCAGUCCCUCUCCAUCCUGGCAGCCCAGAAGUAGACCCAUCUAUGCCACCAACCCUGCCAGGGCCACGGGGUAUGGCCCACAUGUACCAUACCCCUGUCUCCUCCCCUACCAAUCAUUCAUGGAUGGCCUUGAGAAACCUCUUUGUUAAGUCAGUUCCUGCUCAGGAGUAUGCAGUGGCUCACUAGUGCCUAGGAGAGUUCAAGGUCAGCCAAUCACAGCUCUCCAUGACCUGCCCCCAUACCACUGACUCAGGCCUUUCCUACUGCGCCCCUGUACCUCUGCACAGAUGAUGAUGCUUCCUACUGCUGUGCCCAUGUCCUAGGCUGGCUGUAAGACCUGUCUGAACCACCCAGGAAGCUGCCUUGGCAAACCUCAGUUCCUCUUUUGACUCUCAUAAUUCAAACAAUAGCAAUUCCCACGUUUAGGGCAGACUUAGAAUAUCCCUUGUCUUCAGAAUACUAGGUGCUAUUUAUGUUUUUAUUCCAAUAUCAACAAAUAUAUUGAAAGCAAUAAGAGGCUAUAUGGAAAGAUACUAAAUUCAAAUAUAUCAAAAUACUAACAAUGGGAUGGUGGCUAAUUUGAAUUUUCUUCCCUUUCUCCAUUUUGUAUUUGUGGUCCUUUUCUAAAUUUUCAAUAAUAGCAAGGUUGCUUUCACUGUGUUUGUUUUUAAUCAGAAAGGCAACUAUAGAUGUUAUUUUGGAAAAAAAUUAAAAGGGUAAGCUACUCCCACUCUCUGGUCACUAAAUAAAUGGGGUGAGCUCUGAGUUCCAUCAGAGACAGGCUUUGGGUAAAUAAUCUUAAGAACCCUGUAAAGGGAAGGCAACCACAUAGAUGGGGGUUUAUGAUUACAAUAAAGGCAGGUGUGUGAGGCAAAGGUACUAGCCCUAUCAGGAGGCCCAUCACAGACCUGUGAAAGGCAUAAUUGGAGGGAACCAUCACCUCUCCUGUUACUGCUCCAGGAAAGAUUCCUCGAGCAAUGGUUCUCAAAGCAUGCUCCCUGAGCAGUGGCAUCAACAUUCAGUGUAGAACUGUGCAAACUGCACAUUAUCAGGCCCCUACCUGACCCCUGCCCAGCCCAGCCCAGCCAGAAACCUCAGGAGGGUGUGGAUUGGUGGGGUGUAGUGGAGUGGGGUGGGGGACAAAAAAAGGGGACAGAACUCUGUGUUAACAUGGUGGGGGGGCAAUUCUGAUGUAUGCUCAAGCAGAGCCCUAUCACCUGACUCUUUAAAAGGGACAACUGGCUACUGGGUAGGGCGGACACUGGGCUGGGUGCAAAGUUAGUCUGUUGUCUCUAAAGAUCCUUCUGGAACUACGAUUCUAGAUAAAGCCCUGGGUGUGAAUCCUGUAUCUACAUAUGCUGCAUCUCUCUGAUUCCCUGUUGUUUCAUCUAUACAAGAGAGACUCUUCUUUUGAGUAGAGGGGAGGGCGGAAUAAUGAUCUGGCAUGUAGCAGGUUGCCACAAUGAAAGCUAUUAAUAACAAUAAUAAGUAACCAGUAGUCAGAAACUCCCAGAAGACAUUAAACCAGUCUAUUGUUAUAUUAACUAGUCUAUUAUGAGUUAACAAGACUAGCUAGAGUUAUUGGUGUUUAUUCAUAAUAUGCCAAGGCUCUGUGCUAACCAGGGUGCCUUGUAAAAAUUCAGCAAGUUUCUACUGAACCCACGCCAUGGAUGAGGAGAAGCAAUACAGUACAGUGGUUAUACAUGAGGUCUUUUGACAUGUCCAAUAUCCACCUGGGCUCAAAUACUCUCCUGUGACAUUCACCAACUUGGUGACUGGCAAAUAACCUCUCUGUGCCUCAAUUUAAUCAUUUGUAAAAUAGGAAAAAAUAACAGUGUUCCCCUUUAGGGUGAUUGGUAUUAAAUGAAUUAUUAUAUAACAUUUUUUAAUAGCGACAUAGUAAAUACUAUUAUAAGAUAUUAUAAAACAUUGAAGCUCGAAGAGGUCACUGGCCAAGGUCAUACAUAUAUAGUAGGUCAAGGGCUGGGAAUCAAGGCUAUACUGUGUGAUUCAGAACUUGGCUGAGCAGACUUCACCACAGCUGAGCAGACUCAGCUGAAGGGCUGAGAGACCCAGCCACCCCUGGACGAGGAAAGGAAAUACACUGCUUCUCUGGAAUUCAUUGGUGUCCUCAUGCAGGGCAGCGAUCUGACAGGAGGGCUCUUGUACAUCUGCACCUGGACAGCUGUCACUUCUAACCAGGGCCCUGAUGCUCCCCAUUCCCUCCAGGUCGUUUUCUGGGGACAUUCCUUCCAAGGGGAGGUAGCACAUCUCUCCCCAUAGUUUUCCCUCCUGGACUCAGAGAAGUCUCAAGAAUCCUCUGAUUCUUUUAAGAAAGUCAGCGUAAUAUUGUACCAUAGCUUGGUAAGAUAUUACCACUGGGGGAGGCUAGGUAAAGGGUACAUGGGAGCUCUAUUAUUUUUUACAACAUCAUGUGAAUCUCUACUUAUCUCAAAAAUUUAGUAUUAUCUUAAAAAAUCCAAAGAAGUAGAAAAGUUCCCAUGACGAAUCUCAUUUAAAAGGUUUCCUUUGCAUACAAUUCCAUGCAUCCGUAUCUGGAGGAUUAAAAUACACAGAAACUCGGAAUGUCCGAAUAGGAUUUGCAGGAGGAAAUGGCCACAUCCCUCUAGAAAAAUUAGUACCUGGGGAUACCCAGACCCCUAUCCUUUAUGUUAUAAACAAUGACCUUCAUUUGCUGGAGACCAAUGCUCUUAUCUUGUCAACAGAGACUGGCCUACUUCUAUCAAAUCCCACACCUGCCUUCUGCUCACAGAACUUCACACCCAGGACGAGUGUGAAAUAAUGGGCAUUUAAGCAUGAUGACUCAGACACAGAGGGAAAAUGUUUCUGAAAUAAUGGCUGCCUGGGAGCAGAGAUCCUGCACCAGUUCUUAAUAAAUCACUUUACUAAUGUGUAUCUAGUGCUUUUUCUCUCAUGGCCAGAGACUCAGAGCUGAAGAGUAAUAGCUGGGGUGCUCCCCUGAGGCCCUGCCCUGGAGAUCACAGCCAAGGGCAUGGGGAGGAGCCAAGAUGACUCAGACUCAGAGUUUGCCUUCAAGGAGCUUUUCAUUCUUGAUACUCUCCCUCCACCCCCAACCACCAUUGUCAAAAGUUCCUUCUUUAUUAUAAUUAGGUUUACAUGGACAAACCUAUUAAAUGACACAAAUUUUAAAGAGUACAUUAUAAAAUACUAAUAAAAUUCUAGUUUUUGUGAUUUAAGGAAAUGAUGCCAGCCCUCCACCCCUCCAAAUCGACAAGUCAUCCAGAGUUUCUCCCAUUUCCAAACUCCUUGUGUGAGCUGAUUGUAAACUGCAUUUAUUCUACUUCUAACAGGCAGUAGAAUACUGCUACAGGCUGGUGCAUAACUAUUCAAUAUCCUUUGGGUAGUCUUGCAUUUGUGGAAGUCUGAAUUAUAUGAAUUAUUUGCAGAGAUGUUGUUUGAGCAAAAUAGAGCUGGUCUGAACUUGCCAGUCACUGCCCUUUCGCCCACAGGAACAAGAGAAAGAUCAGAUAGGCCCAGAGAAAACAGUGCAGUCUGGUAUAGUAGUUCUCAAAGAGGGAACUUUUCACACAAUAUUAAGAUGCUAUUUGCCUUUUUUCACUCUUGUUCUUUUACCAGCAUUUGUGAAAAAUUUCAGAACUUAGGUGAUAUCACAAAAAACUAAACACAGAAGCAGAUAUGAGAACCCAGCUGUCUUCUAUUAUGCCAGACAUUAAAGAUAUUUGCAAAAAUGUAAAAACAAUGCCACUUUCUUGAUAAGUUUUUAGGGAAAUUUUUGUAAAUAUUUUUACAAAAUAUGGUAUAUGAUAAUGUUA